AAUCUGUAUUGGUGUGAUUUGCAUAUGAGUUCUACUUCCUGGUACAGAGCCUGUUCAGCAACUUACCUGACAGGCAGAGAGAGGAAGGAGGAGAAACCCCAAAAAGGGAGUGACAACUCCAGGAGAAGAGGAGAGGCCAACCCCAAAAAGUCAAACUAUCUUCUUUGCCUACCUGGUCUGCUUUGGGGGUCAAGAAUGAGCAAGGCUUGAAGGGACACAUCAAGUCAUCUGUGCUGGAACACAUUGUUAUUCUUCUAAACUUGGCAAGAAAAUUAGCCAUGAAGAACAUGCAUUUUCUCAAAUUAAAUGCACGGGUUGUUGGACCAGAGAGCUGAACAGUUUGUACAGACUUCCCAGGAUUUCUUCAGAAUACUGAAAUGGCCUCUUUAAAAGGCACUGUGAUAGGUCGAAGCAUACCUGUUGAAGUUGAUGAAACUGAAACUUGGUCCCCAUUUCCAGAACGCUAUUUAGAAGAGAGACUGGAAUCUUCUGGUGAAAAUACAGAGUACUUGGUGCCCAUGAACUCUUACCCAUUGCAAGUGUCUUGUCAUUCAGUAGCUGGGCAGAAAAAUUUGUACAGGUUUCCUAGCCACGUAGAUUAUCACAAUGUUGCACUAGAAGAGUGUGGCUAUGAUCUUCAAAAACAAUGCCAGGAUUCUGGAAGGGGAAUGCCCCCUGGUGCAUCCAGUGAAUCAGCUGCCUCAUCAGAUUUUAAUAUUUUAUCUGUAGACAAAACAAACAAGCUGCUAAGGUCCCAAUCAUCAUCAAUGUCUCCUGAUACUGGGCACAAUUCUAGUAGCAUGCACAGAGGUUCAUCUGAAAUUUGUCAGAAUUCAUUUGAUGAAAGUCGAGAGACAGCAAAACCAAGUCAUACCCAGGACAAUAGACCGCCACGAGAGCUACCAACAAAAGAUGCAGGAUAUGACUCUCAGUCUCUGGAUGUAAUGGGGAUCAGGCAGCUAGAACAUCCACUGUCACUUAGAUCUGGGUUUAAUCUGCAAGACUUUCCAGGACCAUUGAUGCCGAGAGAAUUUCCACAGACAGGCCAUCAGCCAUAUCCUGUGUUCCAACUAAUGCCUCAUCCUAAUGCUUCCCCACAAGCUCAGUGGCAUUCUAGAUACAUUCCAGAUGACGUAUGCUGCCAGAAUCCAUAUGAGCAAACACCCUAUCAGCACUUUGUACAUCAACCUCAACAACAGCAUCCUAUCCCUGGCUCUUGCAUGAGAGGUGUCCAUCCUGCUUGGCAAAUAAUCCCAAAUUAUUCCAGUCCUUAUUCUCUCAAAUGCAAUGAAGAAGGACUUCCCCAAAGAGAAAUCUCUUCUCCAGAAGUUCACAGGUUACAUGACCAAUUACAGAAUCAGCUACUAGAUGGAAGAGUGUCAUCCAAUACAUAUGGUCCCUGUGAAGAUAUGAAUAGGUACCUGCCCAAUUGCAUGGCUCAGGUUACUAAACCUCCAUACCCAGCCGUUGUCCCAAGACCUCCAAGUAAUUCUGCAAUCAGGGGAACAUUGAGAACAAGUACUUUGCCAGAUGAAUUGCGUAAAGUCUUUAUAACCUAUUCUAUGGACACAGCUUUGGAGGUCAUGAAAUUUGUGAACUUUCUGUCUAUAAAUGGAUUUCAGACUGCAAUCGAUAUAUUUGAGGACACGGUUCGAGGUAUUGAUAUUAUUAAAUGGAUGGAACGAUACUUGAGUGAUAAGACAGUGAUGAUAAUCAUAGCAAUCAGUCCAAAAUACAAACGGGAUGUAGAAGGGGCUGAAUCCCAGCUGGACAAGGAUGAACAUGGCUUACAUACUAAGUACAUCCACAGGAUGAUGCAGAUUGAGUUUAUACAGCAAGGAAGCAUGAAUUUUCGAUUCAUUCCUGUGCUUUUUCCAAAUGCAAAAAAGGAACACGUCCCAACCUGGCUUCGGAAUACUCACAUAUACAACUGGCCCCAAAAGAAAAAGAACAUUCUGUUGCGGUUACUGAGGGAAGAGGAAUAUGUUGCACCUCCGAUAGGACCUUUGCCGACACUCCAGGUUGUGCCAUUAUGAAUGUACAUUAAAGUACACAUGAAACAAUUUGUGUAUUGCUUUGAUGGCUGGCAGCCAAGAUUUUCCUGGCUUCCUCUUCUAAGUGAUGAAAAGCAUAUGCUUUCUUUCUCUCCCUCUCCCUCCCCACCCCUGCUAAUAGAAUUGUCCUGGGUAAUGCAAGUCCAUGUGUUUUCCCUUGUCCUGAAUGUUUCCUUCUGUGACUUAUCAGGCACGCUACUUCUCUCUGUGUUUAAACAAACUGCAAAUGGAAAGAAUGUCCAGUCAUUUCUCUUCUGUUUCUAGCAAACAGUUUUCCAAGUCUGCAGCAGAGUGAGCAAAUAUUGUAAAUGAUAUUGCAGUAAGCAAAAAACUGCACUGUUGUUUGCUUUGAGUUUCUUUUGUUGCCAGCCAGAUGUUCUUGCAUUCUAUGAUGAUCUCCAACAGUCACUUUAUGUUCACAAUAAAGUAUUUGCCUUUCA